CACCGCCUCAGCCUCUCAGUUCCCAUUCAUUCAUACGAUUUUCUUUUCUAGAUUUAAUCGCAUCAAUGAAGAUGGAAAUAUAAAUCCAGCGUUGGCAGCGUCAUCUCGAAAUAACUACGCAACCAGAACAGGUUGCUGGUGGAUCUCCUUUCUGCCCAGAGAAUGAGAAGACAGUCCAUUUUAAGAACCCAGACCUCGGAGCCCCUCAUCGUUGUUGAAGACGAUGAGUACGAGGAAGAAAAAAGGGAUAGCUCCCGGCAGAACUCCGAAGAUGAAAACUCUCUAAACCCCUACUUACUGUCCCCAUAUGCCAGAGAAAUUAGAAAACACUCAUUGCCAACCCCACAAUGCUCCGGAAUUACAGCGAGUCAAGUACGAAGACUUUCGGAAAGAGGGGAAACUGCUGGUCCAGGUCCCAAGCAAGUGGAAUUCUUGGCUACGCUCUCGACGGCACCUCAGCCUUCUUCCGGCGGUAGAAGGCAUUCAGUAGUUACCAUUUCCAGGGUUCCUCCUACGUUGUUUGGGAGGAACAGAAGAGAAUCUGUAGCUGCGUAUCCCACUUCUGCAUUUCCCGGUAGGGUGCUGCCUAAUAGGAGGGAGUCUAUAGCAUGUCCUUCUACGGAACCUAGAGGAAGCAUGCAUAACCUGCAACUUGAUAUUAUGGAUGAUAUAGUACAGGCCCGUAAAGUUAGAAUGAAGAUGUGGGGUACAAGUAACGAACAGGUCUGUGAGGUCCAACCACUAGAUGAUUCCGGCAAUGCCAAUGUCCAACGCUAUACAAAUUCGGGUAGAAGGUUUUCAGACUUUGUUGGUACCACUCUGACACCAAUACCUAGUAUGAACAAACGAAGAGCUUCAGAGCUUCCCUCAACUCCCGUGGCUGAGUCUUCUGGUAUGCAAAGUAAGGCUGCUCCUGGCAUUGUAUGUUCUAAUACUGAUCUGAUUUCUAUUUUAUCUUCUCUUUCCACUUCUGCGACGGAAAUCAACCAGUGCGUGCAGGAGAAGGAGAAACCUGUAGAUGUAGCAAAGACAGCAGCCCAGCAGAAGAGGAGUCAAUUGAAGUCGUCUAGGUCUAACAGUUUUGACAUAUCCAUACUCAAUGAGAACGUCGAUCCUCAUGACAGCAAAUCUACCCCUUCCAACUGGUUCGUGAAGAGGCAUCAACCUAUUGAAAAGACUGAAACUAAGGCUGGGAGUUUAAAGGAGAAGAAAGAAAAGAAAGUUAUAGAGAAAGAACCCAACAAGCUGCUUUGGGACGAACGAAGCGGUUCUUUGGUAGAUCCUCAAGCCCUAGGCAGCGCGAUUGAGGUGUUCCUAAGGAAAGCUUCACCUUCAGACCCUCCCAGCGGCCCCUUAAAUAUCUCUCCGACCAAAAGUGGAGGUAAGAGUGGAAGUACUAAAGCUGCGAAGAAUUGGUUUAGUAAAGGAGAAGAAUCGUCUUCGACUGAAGCUUGCGAUUCUUCUAUCUGCUCAACGUUAAAAGACUUAUUUGUUAAGUAAAGCCCUUCUUAGUUUUUAGAGUUUAAUCGAAAUAACGACUUUUACAGACAAUUCUUUGCCCAGAAACAAGUAAUGAGUAAUUAGUUCGAUAAUUAGUAUCCUUUACUUUUGUUAUCCUUAACUUGCUAUUUCUUCCAAUAAGAGGAUUUAGCGUGCUUUUUAAUGUCUUACUCUUAGUGAUAGUGCUGUUAACAUGUGGUGUGUAUGUAAUUCUUUUCUCCACUAGCACUCCUAAAUAUUUUACUUGGUUGGCCCAUUCUACCUGUGUGUUGAACAUCUUCACUUGGCGGUCCCAACUUCCUAUUCUUUUUUGGAACAUUGUGAUUUUCUGGAUUUACUGCGAUUUUCCAUUGAAUGCACCAAUCUUCCAACUGAUUUAGAGCAUCUUGUAGGCAUCUUCUAGCUAGGUUUGGAUCCAGACUUUUCUCUGCUAUUGUUACGUCAUCGGUAUAUAGAAUGGUUUGAAUGAUGGUUGAUGUAUCUGUGGUGUAUAUAAUAUUCAAAAGGGGUAACAGUACUCCCCUUGUGGCACUCCAGCCUCGAUCAUUUCAACUUCAAACAGGACGUGUCCUAUCUGAACCUCUCUGAUCCUGGUGCUUUUUUGCUUUUAGAUAUUUAAUUAUUCUUUUGAAUUCUUCUGGAGAGGUGUACGUUAUUCCUAUUUCUCCUGGGUUUCUUGAUAAUCUUCUGUGGCUACGUUUUACAUCUUCCAUGAAAUCUUUAUCUUCAUUAUGAUGGUAGUAUAUCCUGAAUUAAUUAUGUUUCUCAUCAACUGUUUUUCUAUUCCUUCCCAUUCCUGCCAAGAACUUACCGAUCCAUUUUAGAUUUCCUUUGUUUAAUCCCCCUCUUUCGUUGAUCACUAUGUUAACUAAUUUUAUGUUGAUACUUUUUGUGAUUGUGCUGCUGAUGAUCAAUUUAUCUAUAUUUCUGAGUUGUUUUGACAAUAUUAACAAUAAAGUUUUCCCUAAGGGUCAUUUUUGUAGACCGUAAUUUUCACACUUCUUUAUAUAUUAUAUAUUUUUUGCCAUUUUUAUUGGGAAUUAACAACAUUUUCAAUUGAGAAUACAUUAUUUAUUUUGGCGUUUCGAUUUCCAUGUCGAAAAUCUUUUUCAAAAUAGAAAUUAAACUUGUAUUUUGAGAAUGAUUUCGUAAAAGUGGCAUUCGAAAUGUCAAAAUAAACGUGGUUUCAAUUAAAAUUGUAGUUAAUUCCCAUUGAAUACAGUACAUAGCAUAGAAAUAUCACAAAAAAAAAAUCAGAAUAAUAUUAAGCUAACUAUUCAAUAGUUUUAACUUGUUAUGCAUCUACCAUAGCUGACUGUAAUUAUGAACUAAUUAUCUUAUAUGUAGGUAUUUACUUGUUUUUGGGUACAUCAUUUACACAGUAUUAAUUUUAGUAAUUAAAAGGUCUCUAUUACCACUCUAGUAUUUACAAAAUAAGUAAAAAGUGUCCACGUUUGUUUUUAUAUCAUUAUAACUUGGAUAUAAAAAUCCAAUUUACACAAGUUGUUUCUGUUUCUAGGCACGUCCAUGAUGCGGAAAGAUUAUACUCAAGUGUAAAGUAAUCCAUUAACUGGACAUACUAUGUUUUCUUUAAAAAUUGCAAUGUCCUGUAAGUUUGUUUUUGUGAGUGCCAGUUGUUUCAUAUUGCUUGGUAUAUCUUUGUUAUUUUUCAUUUCAUAAGUGAUUUUUUGGUGCAAAGAAAUUUCAGUGGAAGUAUUAAUUAGAAAGAAGUUAAAUGUAUCUAACUAAAAAGUGGUCACCAAGUAUUCUAUAAAGGAGAUAAAAACCAGGCAGUAGGCGGUAUAUACUGAGGGGAGACUGGGGAAAUGGUGUUCCCCUAAGCUUUAUCUAAAGUAUUUUUGUAAUUAUUUGGAUAUAUUAUUCCAAAAUAUGGGAGUAGGUACAUAAAAGAACAAAAAUGUUGUAUUUUUAUCUUAAUUCGAAAAUAAGGAAAAAAUAUUCUACGGGUUUUCUUCUUCUUCUACGGCACUACUACCCAAAAUUGAGCCUUGGCCUCCUUUAUUUUUUUGCCUCCGCCCUUGCUUGUCUGUGGCUGCUCUUCUCCAUACACGGACUCCUAAAAGGGCUUGUGCGUCGCUGUUUACUGUGUCUUCCCAGCGCUUUCUUGGCUUUCCAACCGGUCUCUUUCCCUGCAUUCUAGCAUUCAGUGCUCUUUUUGGUAGCCUAUCCUCUCCCAUUCUUAUCACAUGUCCGGCCCAUUGCAAUCUUUGUAUUCUAAUGAAGUCUGACAGGGGAGCUUCGUUAUAAAGUUGAUAAAGUUCGUUGUUGUAUCGACUUCUGAAGAUUCCGUUUUCCUUCACAGGUCCUAGUAUUCUCCUCAGUACUUUCCUUUCGAAUGUGUCGACUUUGUUUUUGGAUGUUUCUUUCAGGACCCAGGCUUCACUGCCAUAGCAUGUUAUUGGUCGAAUUAAAAUUUUAUAGAUUCUUAUCAUUGUAUUUCGGUGGACACUUUUAGACCGAAAUAUAUGGGAGAGGGCAAAAUAAGCUCUUUUCGCCUGCGUUAUUCUCUUCCGUAUUUCUCCAUCUUCUGAUCCGUCGGCAUAUAUUUCUACUCCCAGGUAUGUAAACUUUCCAACCGUUUCAAUGUCAUCUUCAUGUAUAAUGAAUGUUUUGUGGGACUAUAUUUCUUCUCGUUUGAGUCAUUAUUUUUGUUUUUUCUGUGUUAGUUUCCAGACCUAGCAUUUUUGUUUGUGUUUUUAUCUCUUCGUAUGUUUCCUGUGCUCCUGUUGAUGUUCUACUCAUAAUAUUAAUAUCAUCGGCAUAAGCUGCCAGUUAAACCGUUCGGUUGGUCAGUAGGUUUCCUCGUCCAGUUUGCAUUUGCCUAACCGCAUACUCCAGUGCUAGUUUAAACAAUGUUGAGGCCAGCCCAUCUCCCUGCUUUAGUCCCUGCGAAAUUUUGAAAAAGUCUGUCCGGUAGUUUUGUAUUCGUACACGCCUGAGUUUCAUCCAUUGUGGCUUUAAUGAGUCUUAUUAGCUUGUGUGGUAUUGCCAAUUCAGCCAAUAUAUAGUAUAGUUUCUUCCUUUUGACUGAGUCGUAUGCCUGUUUGAAAUCUACAAACACGUUGUGAACAUCAAUAUCGUGUUCCCAUGAUUUGCUCAAGAUCUGUUUAACUGUAAAUAUUUGAUCCAGUGUCGAUCUUCCCCGUCGGAAGCCCGUCUGAUUCUCUCCAAUAAUAUUUUCUGCUAGUGGUUGGAGCCGCUGGUUUAUAAUAUACGUGAGGACUUUACGGGUUUUACAUCAAAAAUAAAAUACUCUACGUCGCUAUUAUUACACCCCCCCCCCCUUACACGUUGGGGUAAUUAUGGCAUAGGGCCACUAUUACUCCCCGCACAUUAAACAUAUGUCGGUCCCAUUCGCCUCUUUGUCCCUUCUAUUCAUCAUCACCAUUUUCAUCUUCUGAAUUUAUUUACCCAUGUUUUCUUAUUCACUUUUUCCCGAUGAAACGACACCUUGCUGGAGGCACAUUGAAAAACAAACAAGAUUAAGUCUAUACAAAAAAAAAGAAGUUACUAAAAUCUCUUCUGACAAAUCAUUCUAUUAUUGGGCGUAAUAGUCUAGUCACUUCAUAGGGGGUUCCGUGGACGCUUUUAGUUCGCCGCGAUUUGAUGGUGGUAUUAUAGGUUUUUUGAGUCGCUGAAUCCAAUGGAAGUGAUCUGGAAGCCCAAAUAUGGUGCGUUUAAUUGUUAUUAACAAAUUAUGGUAAAAUUAGGUGUUUUUCAGGAAUUAUUAGAAGCCCUGUAAAUAAAUUGAUAGUGUUAAGGUCUUCUCUGGUGAAUUUUUGGUCGCUGAAUCGAAUGCAACUAGUCGCGAUUACUCAAAAUAUGUUCUUAUUUUGUUUAUAACAAAAUAAUAGUUUAUUCGCCGAAAAGCUCGAAAUGCGCUAUCUACAGCAAGUUUGUAGUCUUUUUCAUAGUAUUUUUAUACGCUAAAUCGAUUGCCGCUAGUCGUGAUAGCUUAAACCACGUUUCGACUUUGUUAUUAAUAAAUUAUUGCAAAAAUAUCGGUUUAUAGUACGUUCACUCACGGUUUUUGCAAAAAACUACUUGGAUUGACAUGAAAUUUGGCAUACACGUAGCUAACAUGUCAAACAAAACAAGUGAUAUUGUGCGGAUGUCUGCUUUUACCCCGGGGGGUGAGUUUCACCCCUUUUAGGGGGUGAAAAAAGAAAACUUUAAAAUAAGUUCGGAAGUGGAUAAAAUGAUUAUGGAUUAAUUCUAAGCAACUUUUGUUCUAUACAGCUUUUUCACUAAGUUAAUACUUUUCGAGUUAUUUGGUUUUUUGUUGAAAAAUGAACAUAUUCACUCGCAAAUAACUCGAAAAGUAUUGACUUGGUGAAAAAACUGUAUAGAACAAACGUUGCUUAGAAUUAAUCAGUUUAUCCAAUUCCGGACUUAUUUUAAAAGUUUCGUCUUUCAUUCCCGAACGGGGUGAAACUCACCCCCAGGGUAAAAGCAUACAUCGGCAGAAUAUCACUUGUUUUGUUUGACAUGUUAGCUACGUGCGUGCCAAAUUUCAUGUCAUUCCAAGUGGUUUUUUAAAAUUUAGAACAAAAACCGUGAGUAAACGUACUAUAAACCGUUAUUUUUGCAAUAAUUUAUUAAUAACAAAGUCGGAACGUGGUUUAAGCUAUCACGACUAGUGACAAUCGAUUUAGCGUAUAAAAUACUAUGAAAAAGACUACAAACUUGCUGUAGAUAACGCAUUUCGAGCUUUUCGGCGAAUAAACAAUUAUUUUGUUACUAACAAAUUAAGAACACAUUUUGAGUAAUCGCGACUAGUCGCAGUCGAUUCAGCGACCAAAAAUACACCAGAGAAGAACUUAACCCUAUCAAUUUAUUUACAGGGCUUCUAAUAAUUCCUGAAAAACACCUAAUUUUACCAUAAUUUGUUAAUAAAAAUUAAACGCACCACAUUUGGGCUUCCAGACCACUUCCAUUGGAUUCAGCGACCCAAAAAACCUAUAAUACUACCAUCAAAUCGCGGCGAACUAAAAGUGUCCACGGGACCCCCUAUGUUGCGACUAGACUAGGCUUUAUCUCCAUCGUUUCAAUUUGCUCCUCUAUGAAACAUUUCUACUUCAAAACUACAAUAAAAUAUUUCCUGUAGUCGGAUGUAUGUAUACCAUAAACACAAAAAUUUACAAAAAAAUCCUUUAUAAAAGGUAUGUUUUUAUAUUAAAAAGACUCUUUCGGGCUACAUCACAGAACGAUUUCGGAAUGAUAAUUCCAUCAUCAGUGCUGUUUUUUUGGUUAUAUUGGGUAUAUUUGGUUAAAUCUCUAAAAAUACCUGGGUAAAAACCCUUCAAAUAUUAUAAAGUUACAAUCUUGUAUUUAAUAUUACCUGAUGUUUGAAAUUUUACUUGAUUUUUCGUAAUGGCAACGCAGUUCUCCCAACUAUGUGGGUUGCUGGCCCUGGGAUGAACCUCUCUAACAUCACAUAAUAUUAAAAAUAAUAAUGUAACUUUAUAAUAACUCUAUACCAUUUAAAGGGUUUUUACCUAGAUAUAUUUAGUGGUUCAACCAUAUAUAGGUACCUUUAAGCAGCUAGCACUGACUGUGAUGCAGCCCUAAAUAGUCUGUUUAAUAUAAAUGUUCUUUUUAUAAAAGGAUUUUUAAUAAAUUUUUACUUCGUUCUAACUACAUAUACACAUCCACUAAAAAUUUCCUUAUUUUGUAUAAUACUAGACAAAAUAUCAAAUAUAAACGAGUUUAUUCAAAAUCGUUAAAUUGUCGAAUAAUACAAUUUCUAUUUUUGAUUGAGUUUUAGUUAUGUAUGACAUUUAUUGUAAUUACAUUUUUUAUUCUUUAAUCAGUCGCAAAAUCAUCCCUUGUAAUGAUCCCUUGGAGAGCUGUAUAAUCUGUACAAAAAUAAAGUCUAAUAAUUUUAUACAUU